CAACUUAUAAUAAAAUGGAAGCGUCAACUUUCCUUCUUGAUCCAGCUAAAGCAGAUAAUUUAUAUCCGGCACUGUUCCAGUGCUUUACAAUUAUAUUGUGUGGGUAUAUUGCUGGCCGCCUAAAUGUGGUGUCACAGACAGAAUCAAAGGGGAUUGGUACAUUUGUGGGCACCUUUGCCCUACCAUCACUGAUCUUCUUAUCUCUGGCUAGACUUGACUUCAGCACAGUCAACUGGACAUUCCUUCUGGCUAUACUAUUAGGCAAAGGCAUUGUGUUCUUUGCAGUUAUGAUUGUCACCAUUCUGGUGUCUAAACCAGUGAACCUUGGGAGAGCUGGUAUAUUUGCCAUCUUUUGCACACAGAGCAAUGAUUUUGCCUUGGGAUAUCCAAUAAUUAAUGCUAUCUAUGAGCACACACAUCCAGAAUAUGCUCUCUUCCUAUAUUUGAUGGCACCAAUAUCGCUAGCAAUACUAAACCCGGUUGCUUUUGUGCUAAUGGAGAUCAAAAAACAACGAGACAAUGCUCAGAUAGUGACCACAUCGCCUGAAGGGGAGAGAUCAAGUGAACUCUGCAAGUUCAAGUUGUUGAGGCAAAUAGUCAAAGGCAUAGCUUUGAAUCCUGUGUUGGUGAUGACAGUGCUGGGUAUUAUAGGCAAUAUUGCCUUUAAACAUCAACUUUCACCGUACAUUGAGCUGCUACUGAAAGUGUUUGGAGACUCUUUUUCAGCUACCGCACUAUUUUUAUUGGGGCUCAGGAUGGUUGGCCAAAUACACAGACUGAGAGGACCCGCUCUGUUGCUGCCGUGUGUCCUAAUAAUGGUUAAACUGAUUGUCCUACCAGUGGUGAUGAGAGAGAGUGUAAGCGCACUGAACGCGGGAGCGAACGAUUCCGAGACGUCUUCAUUGUCGACCUACGCAUUCUUGUACGGAACCAUACCCACUGCGCCUGCGGUAUUCGUAUUCUCUAAUCUGUACCAACUGGAAAUUGAUCUGAUGGCUUCAUCAAUGGUGAUCUGUACAUUCCUGUCAGCGCCCAUAAUGUUCAUGUCGGCCCAGGUGAUAUCGAUCAACAAGGACUACGCGGUGCAGAUGAAGAAAUUUGCCUUCCACGUGUCUAUAGUAUCUUUAGUGGCCUGCGUGUGGGUGAUAACGGUGUUCAUCGUUACUAAGAAAUAUAAGCGUAUGCCGCACAGGUUGACUAUGUGUUUAAUGGUGUCACAGUUGUUGCUAGCGAUCAGCGUGAUCUGGGGCGGGCCGCAGUCGUCGAGCACGCCCUCCUGGUCGGUGCUGCUGCAGCAGACGCUCUGCACCUUCAGCAUGUACUCCUGCCUGCUCUGGACCUCCAUGCUAUCUAUCGGACUCCUCAUGUUGCAGAGCCGCGGGCCGUGCUUCGUGGUGACGCUGUGGCCGGUGCUGGCGUUCGUGGCGUGGGGCGCGCCCGCGGUGACGGCGGCCGUGCUCGUGGCCACGCGGCCCGCGCUGCAGCUCGACGCCAAGGCCGUCGACGCCAUCCGCCUGUGCCUGCUCGUCUUCUGUAUCACGGUGACGACGGGCUGCCUGACACUGUACAUCCGGUUCCGGCGGCGCAGCGCGCAGUUCGCCAGUCUCUCUGCAGAUGUAGCAUCGCAUUCGCCAGACGAAAGCUCCGGCCUGGUCGACAACGAGCAGCCGGCAUCUAACACACAAUCAGUCUCGCACAACGGUUGCUACGGUGCGAUCACAGCGAGUCCGAGCCCGGCGAAGAGCGCUAACGGCAACGGGUGCUGCUCCGGCGACCCGCGCUGCGAGACCGGACUCGUCAACUCCACGUCGCAAGACAUCGAGGACAUCGACCACAAUGAGCAACAAGAGUGCGCGUGCCCCCCGUCCCAGCAGCCGCGCUGCGCCGGCGCGCCGUGCCGGUACCUGGCCGAGCUGGAGCGCGCCGCCGGCCAGCUGGGGCUGCUGCCGCCCGAGACCGGCCGCGGCGGCCAGCUGCUCAAGCACACCGCGCUCAUCAUACUCUACAGCCUGGCCAUGUUCAUCGGGAUAACAUACACGACGUGGCGUAUGAUGCAAAAAGACGAAAGCGGGGUGUUCAUCGAGAUCGAGUUCCUGGAUAUCGCCAUCACGUACGGACAGGCGCUGAUCAUGUUCGUGCUGUUCGGGCUAGACCCGGAGGAGAUGAUCAUACCGGCUGUCAGAUACUUCAAGAAGAAGUGGCACGGCGCAGACACGGUCGUGCUGCCUUCAGUCGAGGAUCUCAGCUUCGAAACCAAACACGUCUGCGACCAAUUCAUAAAGCACCAUCUCGAACGCUGCAAGGAAGCUAUUGCCAAAGAUACCAGGUGGCGCAUGCGCACGUACCGCGCCGUGUUCCGCGGCUCGUGCCUCGUGCGCUGGCUGCUGAGCUGCGGGCUCGCUAAAGACGAGGCGGAAGCCGUCGCGUACGGCCGCCACCUGCUAGACGGCCGCCUCAUCGCGCACCUCAACAACAACCACCACUUCACCAACUCGCCGCUAUUGUACACCUUCAAGUAAACAUUAU